UUCCAAUUCUGCAGAGAGCCUGGUGACAGCCCCUCCUGAAGCAAACAGCCCCUGGGAGCCUCUUCCCCCCACCCUGACCGGACAGCCCUGGGAUUCCCCACACAGCACCCUGGGCAGACAGGGCCUCUCUCAAGGCUGGACCACCCCAAGGACUGUCCUCAUCAGCCUGAGCCUUCCCCUCCGGACCGGCCAGAGAGUCCUGCCAGCUCCACCCCAGCUCACAGAAGAGCCCCUGUGAACCUCCCCCCACACCCCCCAGGCUGCCUGGAGUGCUUCCUGGCCCACCUGUUUGCCUCCUUGCCCCUCUCCUCCCCAGGGGCGCCCAGCCAGGCCAGGCAGCCUUUGUGCUCUCUCACCUUAGAGAACCUGCAUCGCCCCUACCCAGACAGCACCUGGUAAAGUUCCUGAGUGACCUCUUUCACGUCAGUAGUUUAUUGUCUCUGUCCAUGCCCUGAUGACCAGACUUCAGCAAAUAUGUUCCUACUGAUAAUGACCCCCAUUCCUUUGAUCCUUUCCCCAUUAGAACAUUUCCAGUUACUCUUUCCUCUAGGCCUCCCACUGUGAUAUUCCACCCCCCCCCCACCAGUGACACUAUGCAACACCAGAGUGGUUGCCGUGGCAUCUGGCUCCUGCCCCUGUCCCUGUUCCUAUCUAGCCUUGGGGUGGCCAGAACCGGGCGCUCCCUUCUCAGCUGUCCUACAGCCUGCCUUUGUGCCAGCAACAUCCUCAGCUGCACGAAACGGGACCUGGUGAAUGUUCCACAAUCUCUGCCCCGCUACACGGCACAACUGGAUCUUAGCCACAACAACCUGACCCACCUUCGGGCCCAGUGGACCUCCAUACGCCUGAUCCAUCUUCACUCGUUGUUCCUCAGCCAUAACAACCUGCACUUCAUCUCCACAGAGGCCUUCUCCCCAGUGCCCAGGCUGCGCUAUCUGGACCUCUCCUCCAAUCAUUUGCGGACCCUGGAUGAGUUCCUGUUCAGUGAACUUCAGGAGCUGGAGGUAUUGUUAUUGUACAACAAUCGAAUUAUGGAGGUGGACCGCAGCGCCUUUGAUGAAAUGGUCCACCUACAGAAACUCUACCUGAGCCAGAACCAGAUUGCUCGAUUUCCUGUAGAACUGGUCAAGGAUAGGUCCAAGCUGCCCCAGCUGACCCUCCUGGAUCUGUCUUCUAACAGACUGAAGCUAUUACCCACGUCUGAUCUGCAGGACCUGCCAGCCUGGAUGAAAAAUGGCCUGUACCUGCAUAACAACUCCCUCACCUGUGACUGCGAGAUAUACAAGCUCUUCACCCACUGGCAGUAUCGCCAGCUGAGCUCGGUGGUGGACUUUCAGGAGGAGCUGUACUGUGUACAUUCCAAGAAGACGCUCAGCGUCUUCAACAUGAGCAGCACCCUGAACUGCAGCGAGUUUAAGGAGUGCGCGUUUGAAGCCCACCUGGGGGAGACCCUGACCAUCAGCUGCGACACCAAGCAGCAGGGAAUGAGCAAGGAAUGGGUGACGCCAAACAACGAAAGAGUACCGGAUGAGGCGGGCAACAGCACCGCGAGGAUGUUGAAAGACGGUAGCCUGCAGUUGCGGCACAUUCGGGUCGAGGAUCAGGGAUUGUACACCUGCUACGCGGUAGGGGAGGUGUUCAAUGAAACGUUGUCCGUGGAGGUGAAAGUCCACAACUUCACCCAGCAUGGACCUCAUGACACUCUCAACACAGCCUAUACCACACUGGUGGGCUGUAUCCUCAGCGUGGUCCUGGUUCUGAUCUAUCUAUACCUCACCCCCUGCCGCUGCUGGUGCCGCGCUGGGGAGAGACCUGCGAGUCAUCAGGGAGAUAGUCUCAGCUCCUCCAUGCUUAGCACGACCCCCAACCAUGACCCGAUGGCGGCCGGGGCUGGCAAGGACACUGGUUUUGACCGUCGAGUGGCCUUCCUGGAACCCACAGGACCCGGGCAGGGUCAGAAUGGCAAACUAAAGCCUGGCAACACCCUCCCUGUGCCCGAGGGGGCCAAGGGACAGAGGAAAAUGUCUGAUCCAGAGUCGGUCAGCUCAGUCUUCUCAGACACACCCAUUGUGGUGUGAGGAGGGUGGGGUUGAUGGGAAGAUCCCCUGGAAAGAGGUAAUGGUCACCUCCAAAGGAUGUAAGGGGAAAGAAGAGGGCUGCCUGAAUGUGUGUGUGGGGGGGUCCUCCCCUGUCCUCAAGGGAAAUAGGCACAGAUGCAACAUCAGGCAAGAAGCCCCACCUCCAUCCCUGGGUGUACAAGAUUUUCAAAUACGGAUCUGUAACUCUCAGGCAAACGCUGCACCCCUAUUCAAAGUUCUAGCAAGUUCUGAUGAUGAAGGAACAUGUCUAAGACAGGUGGGUCUAGUGGGAAAUAGAUUCCCUAAGCUUUUACUACAUCAUCUUUGACCCAUAAGAAAGUGGUCAUUAUCCAAGCAUUUGAAAGGAAAAUAAGUUUGUUUGUUUGUUUGUUUUUAACAAUAUCUUCUUCCACCUCUACCCAGGGAUUUGGGGUGGGACUUAAUGGGAACAGAUUUGAGCAGUUGGCCUAAGUCUAGUAGUUUUUAGCUGCAGGUAUAUCCUCUUUGGUUAGGAACCUACAUCACUAUAGACAGGGAAAUUGUAAACCUUAAGGAAGGGGAUAGGAACAAAAUAAAAAGCCCUUGAAUCAAGAGUGACCCCCAAAGCUGUUCUGAAACUUUUCCAUCUUCCUCGUAGGUGACUGCAUCACAGAAGCAAAUAACCAGCAUGAUGCUAUGGCCAACUAGAGACCCCUUGUAACCAGUAUAAGCUUAUAGAGGGCAAUGAUAUAAUGGAGUGUGUCUUUGGGGGAUUAUCAUUGGCAGAAGGUGCUGCCUGGGGUGAACUGGGCUGUUUGGAUCACAGCUUAGAACGCCUCAAAACAUACUCGUGGGGAGAACAGUGGGGAUUCUGACUCUGAUCUCUUUUCUGCUGUGUAUUUGUACUUGACAAGGUGUACUGAAUAUCACCUCAGGCAGGGCCUUUGCAGGCCACCUGGUGUGAAGGAUGAUUGAGGGAAGAGUAAGUGGAGGUAGGGAGUGGGAGGACCCGAAGGAAACUUGCCCAUCAUAAAGAGGAGGCUAAAUCAGCCUCCAUUUCGUGAAGCCUUGUUUGGUCUAUCUAGGUUUUUCCCCUUGCUUUUGGAAGAGAUGAGCUUUCUCUCUACAGCAUGGUGGGGGAAGGACCCAAAGGGGGCCUACAGUCCUCUUGAGUAGAUUGGUGUUUGGGGGAAGGGAGGGGUAAUUACAAUGUAAAGUGUCCUUGAAUUGGCAAGACUUCCUUCUCGGGUCUAGGCUGACUGACAGUGAUCUUCACUUGGCUCUCACCGCUGUGAGGCUGGAGUAAGGGAUUAGCUGUGCACAAAGCUUGAGAGGAAUGGUCUGUCCCAGAAUGGACACUCUGAGGUACAUAUGUGCUUAAAGUGCUCCAAUUUCCCCCCCCUCCCCCACAAGCAGUCCUACCAUAGGUCAGAUAAACUGAAUCAAGCCCACAUGAGGCUGCCACCUUUGUCUCAGUGGUGGUUGAACUUCUUGACUGGUCGUGGGUCGAGGAUGUGUGGUGAUGGGUAAAGAGUCCUUCUAAGGUUGGAAGCUAUCUUGGGACCAAGAAGGUGGCUGUAUGCUGCAGCUCUUCUCCCAGACUCUAUCAUGUCUUUUCAACAACAUUUCAGGUUAUUCUGAGCAUCGGAGGCAGAGCUACAGGAAGGUUCAAGAUGAGGAAGAAUAGAUCUCUUUUCCUUUACAUUUUUCAAUCUGCUUCUUCCCUCCCGGUCUUGGCUCUAUUUUCUCUCCAGUUGGCUCAGACCAGGGAUGCUCUCUCCAGGCAUUUGAACUGCUUUCUGGGCCCCAGUAGGAGUAUUCCUAAGUUGGCAUCUUCUGGGGGAAUCCAAGGAUCAGAGAUUCAGAUCCAAAAGGGACCUCAGAGGUCAUCUGCAAGAGAGUAGGAAACAAGCCUCGGGAGAUCUGAUGACUCCAACAGUGUCACACAUAGAGGGUGAAGGCUGCCAGUCACUUGCACAAGGUCGUUCCAUCUACCUAACAGGAUUAGGGCAGGGGACUAGCACUGGAGAUGCUGCCCUCAUCUAUCCUUGGGCUCUUCAGACUGUGUUCCACCUCUUUCAGCAGUUGAUACAGUAGAGAGAUGCAGCAUUUCCCUAGUUAUUUACAGCUUAUAGGUAUGCAUGCACACCAGCAUUUUGGCAUUGACCUAGACAGUGUGUCUCCUUUGAUUUCUUCUGAUGCCCACAGUUAUUCCCACAUUCACACAGCUUUAAAAAUAUAAUGUAUUCUAGCAAAGGCUUCCUGAUGGUCCUGCAAUAUCCCUUCAGUAUAAAAUCACUUGGACUUCCCUCCCUGAACUUCACAGAGCUUCACCCCUUUUCUGAGAGGCAUUGCAGCACAGUGGGUAGAGACCUGAAUUAGACACCAGCAGUGCAAUCUUGGGCAAGGCCACUUAACUUCUCUCUGUCUUUCCUCAUCUGUGAAAUUGGACAUAACACCUACCUCACAGGGUUGUUGUGAGGAUCAAAUGAGAAAACACAUCAAGUGCUUUGCAAGCCAUCAAGCACUGUGUAAGCGUGUGCUAGUAUUACUAUUCUAUGAUCGAUGCGUUCAUGGGACUUCCCUAUUCUCACUGGUGUUUUGAAAAUGCCUUUGAGGGAAGGGAGAACUGGAAGCUGUAACCGGGUCUCAGCUCCUUGGAAAUUUCACUUUGAUCUAAGAUAUCCUUAGGCAAGAGCCAUGAGAUUGCAAAAUGGCAUUUCCCUUGGAAGUGUCUUGGCCAGGCUCAGAAUAUGAGGGAGAGACAGAGACAGACAGGAUAACAAGCCACUCUGUCGCCUUUUCUUUGUCAAGUGCCAGGGUAAGACUAGGGAUCUCUACCAUUGGCUAGGAAUAGGAGGAAAGAGUUAAAAAUGAAUUUCCUGUGACUGAUUGUCUUCUAAAGGUCUUAAUGGACAUUUCCUUGCUCGAAAUAAGAACUUAAAUUCUGUUCUCAGAUUUAUCAGGGAACCUGGGCAAGUUUAACUUUUUGAGGUUCUUUUGGUUUAUUUUUUUGAGGUUGAACUCUGUCUGAGGUUCUGAGAACCUCCAGAAGCAUAGUGAAAUGAACUAGAUUCUGGAAACAUUCCUAGUGACCCGGAUUUCUGGCUAGUUAACUAAUCAGCAGACUGAUUCCCUGCAAAAUGAAGAAAGCCCCUGUUUGUUUUCUAAGGCCCGUUAAUGAAUAGAUGUAUGUAUGAUUAGCAGGCUCUACCCUGAUUGCUGUUGAUCCCCAAUGGCUUUCUGCCUAGAGAAGUAUGUACUUUCCAUCCUAGAGGUUCAUUGGUGCCUACAGAGAGAAUGAUCAGGGCACUGGUAGAAAGAAAGCUGAAGGGACUGCCCACAAGACAGAAAAAAUCCUUGGAAGCAGGUGUCCCUGAAGACUGAAUGUGACAUUGCUGCACAAUCUGUGUUUAUGUGUAAUAUUUUUUUCUUUACUUGUAUUCGUGGAGUUCUCAGAAAGGAAUGGAGAAAGAAGAGCUACUCGUCCUGCCCAGGCAGGUAGCUGAAAGCCUGUUGGAUUUGACUUUGUGUGUUUCUGCCCUCCCCCGCCCCACCAGCCCUGGUCCCGUUGCUGGCAAAGCAAAUGGGGCCCUUUGUGUCCAGGUUCCCUCUCCUCCCACUUGUGUAUACCCAGGCUGGCAGACCCCACAGCCUCCUGACUCCACCAUCUGUCUGAGCCUCUGCUCUGAAGAAUAGACAGUGAUCAUUAAACCAGGCAUGAGUCUGUU